AUGUUCAAAUCCAUUUCCGGUUUAAUUUUUUUGUUUUUGUUAUUACUUUAUUUUUUUCCCCAGAUAUGGAGCGACCUCAGUCCAGUUUGUUGAGGACUCCUCUCACCAGUGUUGUGGCUCAGAAGAGGAGUAAAGGCAGGAGCUUCCGGCAGUCGUAUCGUAGCUGCUUAGGUGCUGCUUCCAGGCUCGGCCUGACACCAGGGUUGACGGCACGGAGGUUCAACACCAGCAGGAAAGCCACAAAGUCGCAGGAUAUCGCUGAGAAGGUGAACCCGGAGCAGCUGUCCCUGCUGGUGAGAACGGAGUGGAGUCUGUCGUAUGUCACUCCUCUGUACCAGUUCAGACACACGCAGCUGAAGAGCUACGGCCGGCAGCUCUCGGCGUUUAUUGCUGCGGAGGAACAGCAAGGUUUGGCAUUGGAGGUGGGAGGGCAGCAGAACGGCCUCAGAAUCUCCUUCUCUGUGGUGCAGGGAAUGGCAGUGUCAGACGAUGACCCUGAGACUGUCCUCAUUCAGAUCCACUCAAAGCCGUUGAAUGCAAGGCCGGAUGAGCCUCAGAGAUGCAUUUGGAGCGGUUGGCUGACUUGCAUCAACGGCAACUCCGAAUACCUGCGCUCACUUCCUAAAGAUUUCACCUGCCUCCCACUUUUUGGCUGCAAAGGGGCUGAAAAUCUCUCCUCCUUGGUCAAAUCUUGGUUCCAGAAGACCUUUGACUGCUGCUUCGGACCUCUGGAAAUCAACCACACCAGUCUGCAGUGGCUUGUGGCGCUAUGGACAAACUGCCACUCAGAAUCCAACAUCAGGCAACUGAAAAUGCUUUGGACUCUUCAGGCUGCGCCGCCGCUCCAGAUAACCUACACGGUGAACCCCCAGGAUGCGUGGGAGCUGUGGAGCAGCGUGAGGAAGGCUUCAGAGGAGGAGAGUGAUGGGGCCGGGGAGGCGGGCUGUAUCGACAUCGAGGAGGUCACGAGGUUCAUGCAGGGGCUGAAGAGCCACUUUUACAGACACUUCCGGCUGGACCUGUCGGCAGCGAACCUGAGCUACGUCUCCACAGCGCUGGGAUCAGCCAAGUUCAGCGGCAGGAUCAAGAUCUCCAGCAGCAGAUAUGUAAUCACCACUCUGACACUGCUGACAGAAUGUGCUCUGCUAAAGAUGCCCAUCUGAGGAUGACAGUAUUUAAACUUUUCAACAGCAAAAACAUUGACAUUCAUCAUAUUUGUUUUAAUUUUUUUUUGUACAUUUUUUUUAACAAAAUCAAAUAUUGCAACAGUUCUGAUCUGUCAUUUGCCAUUUCAAACUCCAGACAUCACUAUAUAUGUAUGUGUGUAUAUGUAAGUAGUCCAUUUGUUUGUAAUAAACAGUUGUAAAUAAAAGUAAAACAUAAAGCAGACUGUUUGAACAGUUGAAGGAUUAAUCUAAACAUUUCUAAUCUUUUCACUAAGAUAUCUUCAAGCUCCAGUUCUGUCAUGAAUAUGAAUUUCAGAGUCCUGGCUUUAAUUUGAGCUUUAGUUUUUGGUAUAAACAGACUAUACAGAUGUACUAAAGGGUCUCCGAGCUGCCAGGGCAUCUUAAUAUUAUCAUUAUUGUUAUUAGACAGUAUUUGAGAGGAAAUUAAAUUAUCCUUUUUCAUUUACUACAUCGGAAUGAUUAAGUGCUUCACUGUGAGGCAACUAAAUGACGUGUCUGGUACGUGUUGUCUGGGUUGUGAUGCGAAAUUUGAGUUUUUUUUUUUUUUUUUUUUAAUAAAUCUAGAUUUUUCUUAGUUUUUGUCUUUUUUAAAUUUGCACAGUUAUGUCACUUUUUUUAAUCA